CCUACACCAUGAUAGUGAGAAUGAAAACCGCGUUCACUCAUCAAAACAGAACUAACGGUCAAGAUCAUCUUCAGAUCCCCGCUAUAAAUACUCUCACUCAUCAUCUUCUUCUUCCUCAUCACAAAACCAUCUCAUCACUCAUUCCUUCAACAUCUCCCAUCAGAUCAGAUCUUUACAAAAUGCUACUCAGAAGCUCAUCAAACCCCGCUCUCAAUUCAUGGCUCCAACAACAACAAAACCCAAUCCUCUUAUCAUCACCAGAACCCGAUUUCAUCCAUAAAAACUUCAGAUCACCAACACUUUCCUUACAUUCAUCAAACGGUUCGCCUAAGAAGAUCUCCAGAUCCUCAUCGGAGAGUGAUCUGGUCAGUUUUUCAGUCUCCAAACGCCGGAAUUCACUGAGUGGUGCGAGUAGUUUGCUUUCGUCUGUGUCGGUUGAAGAGGAUGUGGAAGCGGAGGAGAUUGAAAGCAAGGGGUUGUUGUUGUUUUCGAGUUCUGGGUUGGAUGUUGAUGAGGCGGUUGUGGUGGAUGGUGGUGGUGGUGGCUGUGGUGGUGGUGGUGGUGGUGGUGGUGAUGGUACGGAUGUGUAUUAUAUGAAUAUGAUUGAAACGGAUCCUGGUAACUCGUUGAUUCUUGCCAAUUAUGCCAAAUACUUGAAAGAGGUGCGAGGUGAUGUUUUGAAAGCUGAAGAAUACUGCAGCAGAGCAAUACUGGCUAACCCUAAUGAUGGAACUGCUCUAUCAAUGUAUGCUGAGUUGAUCUGGGAGACGCACAAGGAUGCAUCGCGUACACGAAGUUACUUCGAUCAAGCGGUUAAAGCUUCGCCAGACGACUGUUACGUUAUGGCGUCUUACGCGCGGUUUCUUUGGGAUGCUGAGGAAGAAGAAGAGCAAGUUUCCAAUUUAAAUCUAGCAACACAUGAAUUUCCAAUUGCUCCAAUGGCUGUAGCUUCACAGGGAUGAAGACAGUGGCGGAUCCAGCCCUGUUUUGUGGGUUCAUAUGAACCCACUCGGUCUGGAAAAAACUAGUGAGAACUUUGUAUGAUUUGAAAAAAAAAUAGUGAGAAUCUAUCAAAACGAACCCACUGAAAUAAAGUUCUUGGUUCCGCCACUGGAUGAAGAUUAUUAUUAUCUUUAAUAAUAAUAAUGACAAAGAUUAUGACUUGUUAACAUGUAUUGGAUAAUUAAUUGGGCCUAUAAUUGCAUUUAGUCUUGAAAAGAAGAUGGCCCAAUUAGUUGUUUCUUUGACCAACUCCAAUAGCUUUUGGUUUUUUUGUGUAGGUAAAAUAUCUAGUAAGUUUGUAGUUGUUUGGAGUUUUCUUGUGAAUAAAAUAUCUAGUGAGUAUGUGGUGUAUAUGGUUUUGAGUGGGCCAUUGUUAAUAAUGUUGGUUGGUUUA